AAUCAUAAAAUGUAAAUAAAAGAUAAUUAAAUUAGAAUUUUGUAUAAAAUGGCUACCUAUCGUCCCCGCGGCACUUUGGCCAGAGUGAUCCAUGCCAAAUUUCACAACGACAACUCGCUGGAGGACAUAGACACCCGAAAGUGGUACUGCUUGAACCAUGAGCUGCCCCCCAGAUUCCAGGCCAGAUUCGUGCCCCUGGAGCCGGACGCCACCACGGUGAGCUGGCUGGAGCGCACCAAGGCGCUGUCGGCGAACAUCUGGACCCACUUGUGGCACGCCCUCGCCAGGUCGAUUCUCCAGUUCUUCAUGACCCAGACGGACAUCAAUGGAUUCCUGAAGCGCGGCUCCAUGUUCAUCCUGUCCGAGGACCAGUUCCGCCAGUUGCUGGUGGCGGGAGGCUUUCAACCUGCCAGUGGCGACGAACCGGUUACGUUACUGGACAUUGGAGCCGGCGAUGGCGAGAUAUCGCUGCGAGUGGCCAACACCGUCUCCGAGCUGAGUGGCAGUGCUGGUCUGCGGGUUUUCGCCACCGAAGCCAGUUGGACCAUGCGGGACAGGCUGAAGAAGCUCAACUUCAACGUAAUCACCGAGAUCGAAGGCCUGCAGAACCUCGAGUUAAUUCUAUGCCUAAACGUGCUGGACCGGUGCUUCGAUUCGUUCAAGCUGCUCGAGGACAUUCACGUGGCUCUAGCUCCCAAUGGCCGAGCCGUGGUCGCAUUAGUUCUGCCCUACAUGCACUAUGUGGAGACCAACACCUCGCAUUUACCCCUGCGCCCGCUGCUGGAGAACAACGGACGGCAGGCGUCGUUCGAGGAGGAGGCUGCCCGGUUCAUGGAGCUGCUGGAGAACUGCGGCUUCCGCGUGGAGUCCUGGACCAAGGCACCGUACUUGUGCGAGGGCGAUCUUCACCAGUCGUUCUACUGGCUAAUCGACCUAAUCGUUGUCAUUUCAAAGAAAUCCUUUUAGAUCAAAGCUUCCAAGCCCUCUGAAAUAAUUGUAACCGUUUUCCUCCUAGAGUUAAGUGGCUGCAUUGAUAAACUGAGCAUUUAUACUUAUUACAAAUGUAGGCUAUAAAUUAGGUAAACAAUUUAUUCUUAAACAAUUACCAAAAAUGUAAAUGGAUAAACAUGUUUAAAUUAAAUGGCGCGAGUUCUAAGCCGCAUUCGAAACGAAAC